CAUGGGCACCCGCCAGUUCCACCUGAGUCAUUGGAGGGUCUCUGGCAUCUUUUCUUCGCCAAAGGCUGUCAGUGUGAGUCUUCUUGCUCUCAUCUUUUGGCCUGCUUACUGGACACUGAUGGUGCUCUGCUCUGGUCAUGGCAUGCUCUCAGACGGUUUACCCAUCUGGACGUUCCAGCUGCUAUGCGCCCUGCACCUGCCUGUAUGCUGCCGCAAUACCUAGUACUACUCAUGUCAUACACUGUCAUAGCAUG